AUGGCUAGUCCGAGUAAUAGGCGACCAUCAGAGCCAAGCCCCAGCCGAUACAGUUCUAACAGCCCGGCCCAUGGAUACAGCUUUGCUGGGAGCAGCGCCUCUGGUGGCAACGCAGGUCUAGGUCUAGGUCCAAGUUCACCACACACUCAACACAUCGACAACGCAGCAAGCACAGACAGCACUUUCCCCGUCGAUAACCUCAACAUUGAGCCUGUAAACACCUCCAGGCGGUUCUUUCCUCGUCGGCCGGUUGGUUCCAGGCCGAAUAGACUCGAACUUACACAGUCAAUUCCUUCGGUUGUCUCUUCGACAGGUGGUGUUCGAAAUAGUAGAGCGAGCACUGUAUCUGCGGCUAGUCGCCCACCGACAAUUAGACUUCGUCGACUCCCUUCCAAUCCCGAUCUUAACAAUGCUUAUGGCCACGAUCAAGCCCAGACUGCUCACCAAGCAGCUAUGGCUCCUCAAUCUUCAAUGCACUUGAAUGUUCCACUUCCUACACAUACUAGGCCUAGGAGUCUGUCGGACCCGGCUCGGCACUCGUGGCUUAAUGAUCCUGGGCCGAUCCGUUCAUCCCAGAUUAUGUCUCCAGUGCAGGAAGUGCCUCCAGAUUUCCCACCUACUCCUCCUCCGAAGAUCCCAUUUGCGAGCAACGGCCCUCCAGUUCCACCAAAAGAAGCACUGGAGGACGCUCCUAUCCUACCUCUUGCACCAACACAAAGGCCGGCGCCGACUAGUCGUUUUAGUAGUGGGUUUUCCGUGGCAGGUGCAAGAAAUUUACUAGGUAUGAAGCAGAGGAUGGACGAUGUUGAUCGCAUGAUGCAACCGCCUCCGAGGCUUCCUCAGUCUAGGAGGGAAUAUAAUCAAGAUGUCGUCGAUUUGCUUGAUGUAAUUGAUCCCGAAGUCUCAACAUUAUCAACCCUUACAAACGUCCAAAAUUCGCUUUUUAUACCAAAUCUAGGCAGUUUUAUAAAUAGACACCCAACUUAUGACCUUUCAUCCAUCGCUGGUCGGGAAUCCCGGAGAGGUUCCCGAGCCGAACAGCCAACCACCUCAAUGAUCGAAGAUAUACAAGUACCCCCGGAAGAAGAAGUUCCGCCCGAAGAUAAUGGAGCUCCUGUUUCGCCGGCUCUGCAGCGGCAGCGGAGUCGCGCUCUAAGUAUAACAUCGAAUUUGACGGAUUCCCAUUAUGCGGUUUUGCCACAUGGAGUAACGAUUGAUGACUGGACGGAGGAAGAGAGAGCUAUGCUUGACGACCACGUGCGACACCUUCUACAUUCGAAACGUGAGAAAUUCAAGCGAGGAUGGCGAGGAUUCAAACAAUACGUAAAGCGACCGUUGGGAUUGUUCGUAACGAUAUAUGCAACAUUAAUCACUCUUUUCGGUCUCGCCUGGGUUCUUUUCUUGAUCGGUUGGAUCUAUGUUGGCGAAAAACAGCUUUACGUCAUCAACAUCAUCGACAAUGUCCUCGUCGCUCUCUUCGCUAUUGUUGGUGACGGGUUGGCACCUUUCCGUGUCGUCGAUACUUACCACAUGAUAUUUAUCGCCCGCUAUCACUUCUUAACUUGGAAAUUACGUCGGAAGCGGAAACUCCCCGAACUUCAAGAUCACAACGACCUGCCCACUCGCCAAUUCGUCUCGAUGGAAGUUGACAGAGCCUCUGUAAUAAGAGAUCUUGAGGCUUCAUGGGAGGAGCGUGAUGAGUCGCCUGUGCUUGAUGAAAAGCAACAGGAGCGAUUUGAGCACCACUCAAUGAAGUUUGCAAAAUCGCAUACCUAUUAUCGGCCACACGAGACACGUACUCAUUUUGCCUUCCCUGUCAAGCUGUUGAUUACGGUAACAAUUCUUCUUGAUUUCCAUUCUAUGUUCCAGAUUACUCUUGGAGGUGUUACAUGGGGUAUUAGCUACCAUCACCGACCUGCUGCUCUUACUGCAACUAUACUCUCAUGCUCUAUUGCUUGUAAUAUUGCCGCCGGUAUCACAAUAUCUAUCGGGGAUCGGAUGACAAGGAAAAAGCGAAUUAUUGAGCAGGAGUUUAGGCAGGGUUUGACGGAGGAGGCUAUUGGGCAUGUGAAGAAAAAGGUACGGAAGGAGAAAGAGAAGGCGGCCAUGGAAGAGUUAGCAGGUACGGCUAGUACGAGCGCUGAUGCAUUGGGAGGAUCUAAUGAGAGUUCGAGGUUGAGCUUAUUGGCAGAUGAGAAGGAGAAGGAGAAGGAGAAGGAGAAGGAGAAAGACAAAUCCCGUUCUCGCUCGAAGUAG